GCAGAAAUGGGCAGACACAAUGCAGGUAAAGAAAAAAAAAAGCGUCAGACCAAACUCACGUAAUGGCCAAUUCAGCCCACUUGGCUCUUGGCCAAUUGGCAAUGUUUUGGUCACGUGUUGGCAAUCACUUUUCGCUGCUGUGGGAAUGUUUGUUUUGAACGAAUUUUUUUUUUUGGGUAAAACACAAAAGGACAUCGAAAUGUUUGCAUACUUUUCAGGGUCGAUAAGGAUGGAAACAGAAUAGUUUGGCCAUGGAUUUAAAUUUAAAAAUCAAUAAUAUUUUAUACUCCAUAAAGCUAGCAUUGGUUUAUAUAAAAACAUUUAAAAUAUUUAUAACAAAUAUUAUGAAAUUCCCUUUUAAUGGAGUGUGAAUUCGUUUGAAAUUUGUUUUGUAUCUCCAAGUUAUGAAAGACGGUGGUUGCAAUUAUUUAAACUCAGGUGUGUUUUUAUAUAAAGUGCAUAAAUCAUCCCUAAUUGCUAAACCUGAAGUGACAGUAACUUUUUUGAAGCUCAAGGAGGUUGUGCGAAUUAAGCCAAAUCUCAUUACACAAACUUGUAACUUGCUUUACUUGUGCUGCACAUCUCUAGCUAGUUGAUUAAAGAAUAGUUGUGAUCAACUAAAGUGUGAUUUAUCGAGGUUUUUAAGGAAUUCGAGCCGCAGCAACUUUUUGAUCCAACAACACAGCAACAGUGGAAGGAUGGCUCAGGAAGGUCAGGAUAUGCCUACAUUCAAGUGCGUGCUCGUCGGCGAUGGCGGCACCGGAAAGACGACUUUCGUGAAGCGCCACAUGACCGGCGAGUUCGAGAAGAAGUACGUGGCCACGCUCGGCGUGGAGGUGCAUCCGCUGAUCUUCCACACCAACCGGGGAGCCAUGCGCUUCAACGUGUGGGACACCGCCGGCCAGGAGAAGUUCGGUGGCCUGCGCGACGGCUACUACAUUCAGGGCCAGUGUGCGGUCAUCAUGUUCGAUGUCACCUCGCGUGUCACCCACAAGAACGUGCCCAACUGGCAUCGCGAUCUGGUCCGCGUCUGCGACAACAUACCGAUCGUCCUCUGCGGCAACAAAGUGGACAUCAAGGACCGCAAGGUUAAGGCGAAAAAUAUCGUCUUCCAUCGGAAGAAGAACUUGCAGUAUUACGACAUUUCGGCCAAAUCCAACUACAACUUCGAGAAGCCAUUCCUUUGGCUGGCGCGCAAGCUGGUCGGCGAUCCCAACCUGGAGUUCGUCGCCAUGCCAGCCCUGCUGCCGCCGGAGGUCAAGAUGGACAAGGACUGGCAGGUGCAGAUCGAGCGGGACUUGCAGGAGGCACAGGCGACCGCCCUGCCCGACGAAGACGAGGACCUAUAGCCUAUUCCAUAAUCAAGUGAGAGGUAGAGAGAGAUGGCCGCCUUGCAAACACCACCCACCACACACCACCAAAAAACACACAUUUUUCCUCGUCCAUUUCGGACGU